GUUAUCUCUCAAUUGCUACGUAAAGCGAAGGAUCAGAACCUCUUGAUACCUACACAGCAUGUAGAGGCCGGUGAUGAGUUUACAGGAGCCACGGUGAUCGAGCCUUGCAAAGGCUUCUACAACGAGCCGAUCGCCACUCUCGAUUUUGCCAGUCUGUAUCCAAGCGUGAUGAUAGCUCAUAAUCUCUGUUACACCUCCCUGCUGCCGGCAGCCAGUGGGCAGGCGGGAGGCAUUCAGGCUCAGGUGGAACGAUUCAAUCUGUCAGAGGACGACUUCAUCCGCACUCCGACGGGUGCAUAUUUCGUGAGGAAGAGCCGGAGGGAGGGCCUAUUGCCUGAGAUUCUCGAGCAGCUGCUGGCAGCCAGAAAGAGGUGA